AUGGCCGCCACUCGGUCCGUUUUACUAGCGGGACUCGUGCAUCUGCUAAUUGAGCUUUUGCACUUAACACCUCAAUUGGGGCUAAAGACGCCUGGUCCAGUAACGCCUACGAUCAUCGUCAGCUUGGCGCUAAUGCAUAUCAUCUAUAACACCCGCAUAAUACCGCAGCGCCUCAACGAUUGGCCGCCUGCACUUAAAUGUAUCUUUGAGUCCGUUACGGUCAUCUUGAUAUUCGAGCUAUCGAUGCUGUUCUGGGAAUCGAUCGAGCAUACAAUUUACCUAGUUGUCAAGGGAUCGCUGCUGACCACGAAAGUGAUUUCGAAAGAGACCUAUCAUAAACAGGAGUACGUUAUAGUCGGCGCCUUCACGCUGCCGCUGUCUCUGGCCAUAUUUGCUGCAGUUGCGCAGUCCUAUAAUAUGUACCAAUAG